GGUCGUUGUUGUGAGUGUGUCGCUGUGCGUUAGUGUGUGUGUGCAGUUCAGUGGCGGGGCGGCCAGUGUCGAGGCAGAGCUGUGAGGGCGUAGGUACCGUUUAGAAACCCCCCUCGAGUGACCAUGUGAGCGCCCCCGGAGGUGAAUCAUGCAGAGUGUACUUGUCUAUGGAAGGCUGUUCUCCAGAGCUGUCGCCAACGGUAUAUACAGCACCGUGAACACAGGGGCAGCCUCGUCCUCAGCCUCCUCUUCUCAGUCCUCGUCGUCCUCCUCGUCUCCUGCUCCUCCUCCUCCCUCGUCGUCCUCUUCUUCCUCUCCUUCCCCUGUGCCGACCCAAGGACCUAGUGCAGAAGGCGAGGCCGUGAAUGCCAGUGGGAGGAAGAAAUUGAGGUUUUUGACGGCCGUCAGUGGGUUCCCCAAGAACCUCAGGACCUUAGAGACUGUCAAGCCUGGCAAGUUCGGGGACGACGCGUAUUUCGUGGUCAAGCAUGCCAAAGGAGAUGUUAUAGGUAAGAAGCACGUGUUAGCUGAUGAAUAUCGACAACAGCUAUUUUGUAAGUAAAUGUGAUUUGGAUUAUUUGUUCAGCAUUUUUGAUUUCAUGUUUUUGUUGUUGGUCUUGUUUAUUUAAUGAAUGGGAAACGUUCGUCUGUCUUUGUAAAGUCAGCAACGACUAAUUAGAUGAUUGUGCAAAUGGAUUUUAUUGGUUUGUUCGUUGUUUGUUUGGUCCCUUUGAUCCGCCACAGACCGCCUGCCAAGAAUUCGCGAAAGAAUGCGACGACGGCUUUUAAUAA